AUGUUGCCGUACGCGAGUGUAUCGUUCUCAACACACGACGCAGCAAGGGACUGGCUGCGAAUACCGCUUCAUGCGGUAUGCACAACAGCCAAAAUGUCCCCCCUGAGAUCCGACCAUAGAGCCAGCCGUGAAAUACUGGGCGGAGCUGGCGGCCAGAGAUCCCACAGGACUGGUCUCCCAGACAUCUGUAAACCCCUUCGAAAUCAUCCAGAGACACAUGCAAGUCGGCGGGGCGAUGGACAUCGGUUUCCGUCUGAUCAUCAAAUAGAAGGGCUUCAGGGCUUCAGGGUCAGUCUUACGGUUCGCUGUUUCAAGGUCGUGUCCAUGGUCGCUUUCAGCUCUGUAUGUGUAUCAGAGGUCUAG